AUGCUUACCAAGGAGCCCGAAAAUGUGCGCGCCGUCUAUCUGGCACCGACCAAGGCCUUGUGCUCGGAGCGGACGCGCGAUUGGUCGACCCGCUUUGGCCCGGUCGGAUGCGGUGUCACCGAGCUCACUGGCGAUUCUGCUCAUGGCCUGCACGUCGCUCGUAAAAGCCGUCUGAUCGUCACGACGCCGGAGAAAUGGGAUAGCCUUACCCGCAAAUGGGAUGAGAACUCGGGCAUCCUUUCAACCAUCCGCCUACUGCUCAUCGACGAAGUGCACAUCCUCAACGAGGCGCAACGAGGGGCCCGUUUGGAGGUCGUGGUGACUCGAACCAGGAGCAGAGGCUGUCAGGUGCGCUUCGUCGCUGUUUCGGCCACGGUGCCCAACCUCGCCGAUGUAGCGGCUUGGAUCGGACCCAACCUAUCCGCUUCGACACUCAACACUGAUGUGCUUGGCAAACCUGCCGCCGAGGUCUUUCAAUUCGAUGACGAAUACCGUCCAUGCCCGCUGCAGAAGCACGUGUAUGGCUAUCCGAAGGCCAGGGACGAGUUCGCCUUCCAGGCCUACCUCAACCACAAAUUGUAUGAUCUGAUCGAAGCGCAUGCAGCUGGCAGGCCGUGCCUGGUGUUCUGUGCUACGCGUCGUUCCACGCUUCAGGCUGCCAACACGAUAGCCGAGGCCUGCAAGAAAGCGCGCGAGGCCGGUGGAGGCUCCACGCUCUUGGGCGGCGGGGCUGGCGGUCGACGCGGCGUGGAGGUGGCGACGGUUGACGAUCCCGAUCUCACUACCCUCAUUCCUCUGGGAAUUGCCUUCCACCACGCCGGUUUGAGCAUCAGCGACCGUCGAAAGGUGGAACAGGCAUUCCUAACAGACAAGAUCGCGGUCCUAUGCUGUACGACCACCCUGGCGACCGGCAUCAACCUCCCGGCGUACUGCGUCAUCGUCCGAGGGACCAAACAGUACGAUGGACGCUGGUGCGAAAUUUCGGAGCUAGAUAUCAUCCAGAUGAUGGGCCGUGCUGGGCGACCGCAAUUCGAUCGCAGCGGCGUUGCCGUCAUCAUGUGUGAGGAUACGAUGCAGGCGCACUAUCGAGAUCUGGUCAGUGGCAGCCGUGACAUCGAGUCCAGCUUGGCCCCCUGCCUGAUCGAGCAUGUCAAUGCUGAGAUCGGCUUGCGCUGCAGAACCACGGAAGCGCAGAUCGAAGAUUGGAUCCGUCAAAGCUUCAUGUGGACGCGACUCCAGAAGAAUCCGACCUACUAUCUGAGCCAGGAGGAGGGAAUCGGACUCGAUAGUGUCGAGGAGAUCCUGAAACAUCUCGUCGCCAGGACAGUGACAGCUCUCGAGAAAGCCUCGCUCAUUUCUCGGUCUGGAGGUACGGACGAAAUCGAGUGCACAGAGUAUGGCGUCAUCAUGUCGCGAUUCUUCAUCCGUCACAAGACGAUGCUGGCUCUCAUGGAGAUUCCGACGGGUGCCAACACGAGGGCAAUCCUGGAGGCGCUUUCGCAAGCCGAAGAGUUCGGGGAUCAAAGGAUGCGGCCGGGCGAAAAGGCGGUCUACAACUCGCUCCGCACGCAUCCAGAGAUCCGCUUUCCGCCGCGUCAGAUUGCGAGCGUUGCGGACAAGAUUUCCCUUCUGAUUCAAGCACAACUGUCCGCGAUCAAUCUGUCACAGAUUUCGCAGCCUGCAGUCGGAGAAGCAAGCCCUCAGAUGGACAUCAAGCGGAUCAUGCCGCACGCGACCCGUAUUGCUAGGGCGAUCGUCGAUAUUGCCAUUCAUCGCCGGGAUGGCACUGCGUGCAGAGCCUCGCUGGAUCUUGCACGUUCCAUCGCUGCCGAGGCGUGGGACGGCUCGCCAGCCAUGCUUCGACAAAUCGAUCAGAUCGGCGAUCGCUCCGUCAAGGCUCUCGCAAACGCGGGCAUCACGACUUGGCAGAGCCUGGCCAGCACGACCCCGGCCAAGAUCGAGAUGAUACUGAACCGCAACCCUCCUUUCGGCGGCAAAGUGAUCGCAGCGGCGCAGUCGGUGCCACGGAUCGGUCUCGAAGUGAUGCAGAGAUCGUCUUCGCCUUCGAAAAUCUCAACUCUACAUCUACCUCACAAUAGGAUCGAAGAUCCUUCAGCGUCGACAAGCCAGCUGCCACCUUCCAGCAUCAAGGCCGUGCUUGACGUGACGAUCCGAAUCGAAAACCGCGCGACGUGCAUGCUGAAAAGCAAGAGGUCGAAGAUGGCGUUGAGCGUUUGCGUGCUCACACUCACAUCGGAUGGCGGAUUCGUCGACUUCCGCCGCAUGCCCAUUUGGCGGUUCGACUCGGAGAAGCGCUUCACGAUGCACGUUCAUCUCGAGAAUCCCCGGACGCGCAUCCUCACGUACGCCGCUUGUGACGAGAUAGCCGGCACAUUGAUGCAGGCCAACUUGCUACCCAUAACGGACAUGACGAGCGGAUCCCAUAGGACUCGUAUCGUGCGCGCCGAGCUUCAGCGCGGGGGAAUGAACGAGCAUGCUGCUGGGAUCAUUCAGACAGAAGCAGCAGCAUCGGAAUCUUUUGCGAGCGGCGAUACCGGGGAAAGUCAGGGAGUCACAGCGAUGUCGAGAGGGCCUGAAUCCGACGAGGACGCGAUGCAAAAAAGGUGCGUAGCGAUACUGCACUCAGAUCUGACUGACACGCGGAAGAUUGGCGAUGCUGACAACCGAAAUAUGGCUGCGAAAUCUCAACCUCCUCCAUCACACUCUCAGAUGCAAGCACAAAUGCAAGGGCGACUGUCGCCAUGUGUGUUGUCAACGCGCCAGAGAUCAAGAACUCACAGGCAAGGUGGACCAGUACGAUUACCAGCGCCGUGGCGUCCAGGAUAA